GGCAGCGCGGCGAUGGCUCAGGAGAAAAUGGAGCUGGACCUGGAGCUGCCGGCGGGCAGCGCGGCGGCGCCGGGCGACGGCGGCGGCCUGAGGCGCUCCAACAGCGCCCCCCUCAUCCACGGGCUCAGUGAUAAUUCACAGGUGUUCCAGGCUAACGUUUUGCGAACCCGCAGGAACAGCACAACAGUUAUGAAUCGUCAUAGUCUGUUUGUGCCGUCAUCUCCUGUUCGUAUUCCUAGCAGCCGUCUCCAUCAAAUCAAACAGGAAGAAGGGAUGAAUUUGAUGAACAGAGAAACAGUACAUGAAAGAGAAGUACAAGUAGCAAUGCAGAUGAGCCAGUCGUGGGAGGAGAGCUUGAGCCUGAGUGACAAUGAUUUUGAAAAGUCAUCAUCACCAAAGCAAGUAGACUUUGUCCCGGUUUCUCCAGCUCCUUCACCUACCAGGGGAAUAGGGAAGCAAUGUUUUUCACCAUCUUUGCAAAGUUUCGUGAGCUGUAGUGGAUUACCUCCAAGUCCUAGCCCAAGUCCAACAAGGCGAUUUUCAAGCAGGAGAAGCCAGAGCCCUAUUAAUUGCAUUCGACCAAGUGUUCUUGGGUCAAUGAAAAGAAAAGGUGUAACAGAGAUGGAAGAUCAUCCAAAAAGAUUAUUCCAAGGAUCCUCCAGCAUGCUUACCCCUGAAGUUUCACAUCAGACAGAACUUGGAGGAUGUCUGUCGUCACACGGUCUGGAUGACAAUAGAAGCAGCGCAGGCUCUUCCUGUGACUCACCAGCUGAGGUGGGCACCAACACAGACUCUCCAGUCUCACUUUCAGACUCCAGAUCUCCAUUUUUACCAGUCGAUCUUUCAGCUAAGUUACCUAUUAAUUAAGAAAGAUAAGUCUGCUUGAUGGACACUAAGAAACAUCUGGAAAUCGAUAAGACUUUCUAUUGUGUAUGACUGUGUCUUUGUGAUUGUUCCUCAUAGGAACUCCCAGAAAUGUCGUUAUUUCUAGAAAACUUUCAGAAUAGUUCCUUGAGGAAGAACUYGUGUUUCUAGUAAUUUGUAUGACAUUUACUAAAAUACAGUAAGCAUUUGAAUUACAGACACAUAUUUGAUGCUGACAUCAGUAUACAAGCUAAUUUACAAUGGAUAUUGUCUCUUUGGUGUAAGUUACAAGUAUUAUACAUACAUUCUGCUUGUAGAAGACUUGGCUUUUCAACAGCCAACAGUAUCUUCACUAAUAUAUAGUGGUGCUGAUGUUGUAACAGGUAACUCUCGCGUUUGUCCUCAAUCUGAAACCAAUGAAGCAUCUUUAUAAUUUAUGUUUUUAUUCCCUGAUAUUUAUUCUUUUAUUCUUGAAAUGAAAGUGAGAAUAUUGCAGGGAGGGGGGGAAAUGAUUAUGUUUUCUGAUUGGCUGUUAAUCAGUUCUGUGUUAUAAUUAGGUAUGAAAAGGACAAGUUGGUGAAUUGUGGUCAUAUUUUCAUAUAUUGGAUUUUAUUUAUGGUCAUGACUGCCAUUGUGACUAAAUUCAAAUUUGGUCUGGAACAUUCUUGGGGGGUUUGGGGACCUUUUUGGUUUCUUCUCCCUAUUAGAUAAUGUAUUAGAGUGCUGGAUGCUUUGUUAAAGAUCUUUAAUAGGAGGGAAUAGUGUGGAUGUUCGCAACAGUACACUAAAUCCUGGGGUUUUAGUAUUUAGUGCUUCAAAAGUGCAUUAUUUUAACAGACAGUAUUUGUCUUCAUAUAUUACUUCUGCUAGAGAAAAACAAUGAGGGGCCUUGAGUGCUUCUGUACAGGCUGAAAUGAUCAGAUGUGAACAUUUAACUGCAGAUUCUUGCAGUGUUUAAUCUCUUGAUGUCACUUCCUCCACGUAAUGACAGCAAGUUAUUUCUGCUGAAAUGACCUUCCAGUUAUGACUAGAAGCCUAGAAUUUGGUAACCUGAUAUGGGUUCUUGUACUUUAUUUAAAAAGGCAGUGGGAUGAGGAGGCUUCUUGAUCCUCCACCCUGAAAUUCCCAAGGCAGAAGGGAAGAUCUGCAGACCACCACAGACAGCUGUUUCGCAUUUUCCAGGGGCAGCUUCAUUUUGGUGGUUGACUCCUGUUAUGCAAUUGAACUCCCCUCCAGCUGGGGCCUCAUUUGCGCACACACACACACACACACACACAUUUCUGCUAUGUGGUCUCUUCUCUGUGGUUAAUAAUGAAGCAAAAUGUUUAUUUUUAAACACUAAAACUUCAUAAUGUGUAAUAAAGUGAGGAAAAAAUAAACAGAAGCUUCCUGAAGUGGAAGAGAAGCCUGUUCUGAACUGACAUGGGUAAAGCUUUGAUUAAGAGCAGCUAUCAAAGGUAGAAAUGGAAAAUGUGUAGAAUGUGCGGACCUGGUGACCUGAGGACCAAUGACUAGUUUCAGCGUAUCCUUGUUACAGAAAUAAAAUAGAAUCUAUUUAAUAGUUUUACUCAGUUCAAGUAAAGUAUGAUGCGGUUUACUUCUGCUUUUAUUCCUCUUAAAUUAUUGUAACAGUCACUUCCAUGCUGUAGACUUGUCUUUUUUUUUUCAAUUCAAACUAUUCUUCAUCCUUGUGACAAAUGGACAAACUUGUGUUUAAUGUCUGUUUGCCUUUUAUGAUGGCAUAGUUUUAUUUUUGCAAUGUCAGAUAUGUGCCAAAGACCUACUUUGUGUUCACUGUUUCAUGGUGAGGACAAGACUGAUUAUAUAUAUAAUUUUUAAUC